AUGCCCAGGGCUGGCGAAUCUUCAUCGGCCCCGCGGCUUUCUCAGCGCAGGCCGUUGGCAUGUCAAGUCGAAACCGUUCGCCUGCGACGCGAUGCUGUACAGCAUGCCUCCGAGAUCCAAUUUCUGGAAACGAUCCUGGUGGAUCUGGAUUCCUUUUCGACCGAGAAACUGCCGGAGAUCGCCCAGAAAUUGAAGAACAGGGUCACGCUUCUCCAGACAGGCGAUAGUGCAGUACCAAGAAAUCAGACUGAGCAAUUUGAUCAAGUUGAUCUGGCUCCGGCGUCCGAAUCGUUGCAAUUGUCGGAGUCCGUCGAUGGGAAACAAAUGCGGCAUCGAUUUGCAGAAGCUCCUUCAGAUAAUACAGACCCACCGCUGGUCACAGCGAUUGAGCAUCUCGCCUGGGGCAGAAACUCCGCUGGAUGCUAUCCCCACCGGAGAUGCGCUUGUCAAUAUCGCAGGGAUAGCCCGGAGUUUCUAUCAACGAACAGCGCGUCAUUUCAAAUCUUCGGUUCGGCGUUGGAGUCAAUGGUUGAUUUUCCAAGGACCACCGAAGCCCAAAAGCUUAUCAAGUUCCAUGUCUAUCACCUUGCAUGGCAUCACAAUUGUUUCCAUGGCCCGACAUUUCUUCAACAAUGUGAAGUCUUUUGGACGAGUGGGAGAUGCGAUCAUCCUCUCUGGGUUGCCCUUUACUUUGCAGUCCUGAGCUGCACCAUCAAUUCGAUUCAAAACAGCCAAAAGUUACGGUCGCAGGUCGACGUAAAUCUAGAUGCGAUGCAAUCCACCCAACAGCUGUUCUCUGCCAUGGUGCAGACCAUGUAUAGCUCACACUUUUUGAACAAUAUUUCGAUCUACUCCGUUCAAGCCGUGGUCAUCUCAACAGAGGUUGCGCAUAACCUGGGCUUGAGUCAACUCAACGCGACCUUAUUCAAUGCAGCUGUGCGUAUCGCCGAGUGCCUGGGGCUUCACAAAAUCAAAGACCACCCAACUGUAGGGUCCCAGAACAGAGACCACAGAGAUCAGUGGGAGGAGCGGAUUGAACGAGAAGUCGGCAGGAGAGUCUGGUGCCAAAUGAUUAUCCAAGAUCAUUUCGCCAUUCCCUUCACUGACACAUAUAGCAUAUCCCCCAUGCAUUAUUCUACGAAUCGCCCCAUGAAUGCAGAUGACUACAAUUUAGUGGAAAUGCCAGCCACUACCCCAACAAUCAGUACAUAUGUCCGCGUCCUUGUGAAUCUGGCCGCACUGAUGCCCGAUCUGUGCGAUGGACUCGGUCCAAUGAAUAAAAGAAAGACCACACGAGAACAAUACGAGCGGAUCCUCCAAGUUGAUCAACAAAUGCGAACAAUCGUUCAAAAUAUACCAUCUUUCUUACUGCGGCCGGACAAGCCUAAAGAGGCCCAAAUUCCGUGGUUAAGAAUUGCGCGACGAAGUCUUGCCAUCACCGCAGCCGAAAAGAUCAUCAUGGUUCAUCGACCUUUCCUGUUCCACUCAUUUCACGAUUCAAGAUACAGACACACGAGGCGCACAUGUGUCGCUGCAGCAAUGACGAUAUUACGCGAGCACGAGACAAUUGUCGAAGAAGACGACCUUUCUAUCUGGACACACAGCGCUUUUGCCAUUACAGCCGCCGUGAUUCUAUGCUUCGAGGUGAACUCCAUCGCAGAAGACGCUGAUAACGCAAAGAAAGAGCUUUAUAGAGAUGCCGUUCUGUCCGCGCGUGAUCGUCUUGCUCAACGGCAUUCGGAUGUCCUUGCCCAGCGGGGCGUUGCCCUCGUUGAUGCAAUUUUCAUCUCUGAAGGGUCGGAGUCGAGUUUUGGCACUAUUGAGUUGAAACCGGGCAUGCCGAUCGAUUUCAAUCGGAUUUUCGCCAAUUUUUCGACCCUUAGCAAGAUGAAUCCGAACGCUGAUGUCGACGAUAUGUCUAUCACCAAGUUACUCGGAAACACACCCGAGGGCUCCGGGUCUGCUGGAUUUGAUGCGGAUGAAAUGGCCUUGGCGUGGAACCAAGAAGAAAUCGACUUUGACGCCUGGUUCAAUGGUGUCUUCAAUACUCUACAGACCUCUCCCUUGUGA